GCUUCUCUUCGGAACUGCCGACAGAAUCAUCGAGACUUUGGGCUCGCUGGCCGCCAAAGAGUUCAGGCUACUCUGGGGCGUGGGAGAUGAGAUUGAAAGCCUGAGGAACACCGUUUCGGCAAUCAAAGCCGUGCUUCUGGAUGCGGAGAAGAAACAGGCUGCCGGGAACCAUGCGGUCGGAGAUUGGCUCGGAAAGCUAAACGACGCCAUUUAUGAUGCGGAUGACUUGCUGGAUGCUAUUUCCACUGAAGCUCUGCGAAGGGAAGUGAGUACCCUGGGGAAGAAAGCAAAGCAGGUACGCAUUUUCUUUUCCGAAUCAAACCAGCUCGCCUUUCGUCUUAGAAUGGGGCUUAAGAUUAACGCGAUUGGAAAGAGGUUAGACGCCAUCGACGCCGAUAGGGGGAGAUUUCACUUGGAGGAACGCCAUGUGGAGACACGAGUGGGUUGCAAGGAGAGGGAUAACACCCAUUCUCUUGUGCGUGCGGAAGCAGUUAUUGGUCGGGAGGAUGAUAAGAAGGAGUGUCUGAUGGACUCAAAUUUUGAAGAGAAUGCUUCAGUCCUUUCAAUUGUUGGAAUCGGUGGACUAGGAAAGACUACUCAACUCAUAUUCAAUGAUGAGCGAAUCGAAAAUCAUUUUGAGCUGAAAAUGUGGGUGUGUGUCUCUUAUAACUUCCAUGUUAAAGAUAUUGUUGAAAAAAUCUUAGAAUGUGCAACAAACAUGAAACAACCAACUGUUGAAAUGAAUACACUGGUAAGAUAUUUUGGAAAAGUAAUCGAUGGAAAGAAAUACUUACUCGUGUCGGAUGAUGUGUGGAAUGAGGAUCAUGAAAAAUGGUGUCGCUUGAAAGAAGUGCUGAUGGGUGGUGCUAGAGGCAGUAGAAUAUUAGUGACUACUCGCAAUGAAAGCGUUGCAAGGAUUGCCGAGACAGUUCAAUCAUAUUCCUUGAGUGGUUUAGACGAAGACGCGUCAUGGUCUUUAUUUAAGCAAAUGGCGUUUGGGAAAGGAAAAGAACCGGAGAAUUUGAGCAUCAUAACACUUGGGAGGGAGAUCCUAGAAAAGUGUUUAGUGUCCCUCUGGCCAUAAGGACAAUUGGAAGUUUACUAGAGUGGUUGUCUUUUAAGAACAAUGAACUCUCAAAAAUAUCUCAAAAAGAAAAUGACAUCUUACCGACUUUGAAUUUGAGUUAUGAUCAAGUUCCUUCACAUUUUAAGCACUGUUUUGCUUAUUGUAGUUUGUUUCCAAAGGAUUACGAGAUUGAUAAAUCAACACUGAUUAAGCUUCGGAUAACACAAGGGUUUGUCAAGUUAUCAGAUGAAAGAUGCCCGGAAGAUGUUGGCAAUGAGUAUUUUAUGGAUUUACUCUGGAGAUCAUUCUUUCAAGAAGCUGAAAUGGAUAAGCUUGGUAACAUUAUUCGAUGCAAAAUGCAUGACCUCAUGCAUGAUUUUGCCCUAUUGAUGGCAGGAUCAUUGAUCAGCACAUUAGAUGAUAAGAAGAUAAAUAUUGAUGAGAAAACUCAUCAUAUAUCAUUUGUAGGUUACAAUAAAUCUUCAUUGUGUACAGCUAGUAGGAUACGAACAUUUCUUUUUGGUGUUAGGGCUGAGAUUGAUUGUGACGCAAUUUUUUCAAGUUUCAAGUUCUUGCGCGUGUUGGAUCUGCACGGGAGAGAUCUUCAUUUUCUACCAAGCUCUAUUGGAAAGUUGAAGCAUUUAAGAUAUCUUGAUCUUUCUUGGAACUUCGAACUCGAGAAGCUACCUAAUUCUAUAACCAGGUUGCAGAAUUUGCAAACACUAAUACUCUCCAAUUGUGUAUCACUCAAAGAAUUGCCGAGAGGCAUUAAAAGAUUAGUCAACCUCAGGCAUCUUGAGACAGAUGAAUGUUAUGAUUUGACUUAUAUGCCACGUGGAUUGGGGCAACUCACAAAUCUUCAGACAUUAUCAAGUUUUGUGGUCCACUCUAGUUCUCACUCCAAGCAUAGCAGUGGUUUACAAGAAUUAAACGGACUAAAUAAGCUAAGAGGAGAGUUAGUGAUUUUCGGUCUGAGACAUGGGAUAGGUGUUAAGUCAGAAUAUAAAGCAGGAAAUCUAAAGGAGAAACAACAUCUCCAUGCUUUGGGUUUAUGCUGGAAUGAUGAAGGAGAUGUCAAUGAUUCGGACGUUGCUAAUGAUGAAGCGUCAUUGGAAGGCUUCCAACCGCACCCAAAUCUGAAACAGCUUCAUUUAUUAUGCUAUCAGGGUUCAAGGCUUCCGAGUUGGCUUUUGUUACUCUCAAAUCUUGUUAGAUUUGAAUUAUGGAUGUGUAGGAAAUGCCAGUAUCUGCCACCAUUGGGUCAACUGCCUUCUCUCAAGUUUCUUAAUCUUAAAAAUAUGGAGGCUAUGCAAUACAUAGCAGACGGUGAUGCUAGUAAUGAGUUCCCUUCAUCUUCAUCGGUGCCAGUUCCAUUUUUCCCAUCCCUCAAGGAAACCCAACUUCGUGAUUGCCCUAAUCUCAAAGGGUGGUGGAGGAGGGAGGAUUCUUCUGUGGAGGUGAAUAGUGAUAAUUUUGCUGAAAUAACAGCAGUAACAUCAAUGAUAAAACAUCAUUUACUCCCUUUAUUUCCUUGUCUUUCAACAUUAUCCUUCAAGAACUGCCCUAUGUUGACUUCCAUGCCAAUGUUUCCACAUCUUGAAAGAGAGUUGGACCUGGACAAUGCUAGCUCGAAGCCAUUGCAACAGACAAUGAUGAUGAAUAUGGUAGCACCACAAAGCCCAACGUCAACAACAACAACCUCCUCUUCAUCUGCUCCUCUCUCAAAAUUGAAGUAUAUACAACUGAGUUCCAUUCCGGAUCUAGAAAAUCUGCCGCUGCAGAACCACACUUCUCUUGAGUCUUUGAAGAUAUCUUAUUGCCAUAGAUUAAAGUCUCUCUCCGAAGGUAUGCAACAUCUCACAGCCCUUCAAGUUCUGAAUCUUGAGGAUUGUCUUGAGCUUGAGCUAGCCAAAGAUGAGGAUUGGAUGCAGUGGCAAGGCCUUACAAGCCUCCUCUCUCUUCGCUUCUCAAGACUUCCAAAAUUGGGGUCUCUCCCCUUGGGGCUUCAAUAUGCUACCACUCUACAAAAGCUCAAGAUUUCAGAUUGUAUAAGCUUAACGGCUAUUCCAGAGUGGAUCCACAAUUGCAAAUUGCUUCAAGUGCUUGAAAUUCGUGGAUGCUUGAGUUUGGGAUCACUACCCGAAGGGAUGUGCAAGCUAACGUCUUUGCAGAGGCUACAAAUUAAGAAUUGUCCCAUCUUAUUGCGAGGAUGCAGGAGAGACGUAGGUGAGGAUUGGGCCUAGAUUGCUCACAUUCCAGAGUUAGACUUACGAUAUCUGCCUCAAUAGAGAGAAAAUUCAAGCAGCCAUGCUUGCUCAAUUGAUUCAGAAGCAGCAGGACCAGUUGAAGCAUAGAAGAGUAACUUUCAAAACUGUAGGGCGCUGAAUUCAUGAUUCUUCACAUAUCAGGAGAAACAGUUAGUCUCUAUUCUUACUCUUUUCCACAACCAUUUAAUCAAUUUGUAAUUGAGAACCUGUGUUCAUCACUCCCCCAAUUUCACGCUAUUGUCAUCUCAAACAAAAGACAUUGUGUCAACUUGCCAUCCUCAGGACUGAGUCGAUUUGCCAUAGGUUCCACAACUUUGCUAAACCGCUCUCAGCAAGAUCUUUCUGCCAACCCCUACACCACGGUGUGUGAGUUUCACUAUCAAGCAGGAUUGGACGCUGACAAGUGGGACGAAGCCCAGAUUGACCCCUCCACAGGAAUUGUAGAUGCCAAAUGAAAGGGGUGUAGGAGAGUGAGAGGAUGGCUUACACUGCUGGGUUCUUUGAGCUUGAGCCUUGAUUGGAUCAAGAAGAGAAAACACCCAACAAAUCAAGAACAAGAAAAAAGAGAACAAAAAUCAGCACAAUUAAAGACACAGGGUAAAGCGGUAGUAAAGCUCCACUCAAAUAAGGUUUGGUAAGAUAGGUCUGUAGAGCCGCGCUUGUUUUCUCUUGAUCAUUAAAGCUUCAAGCGUUUCUUUCUCCCCAUAUGCACCAGAAUAAGAAUGAAUGAAUUGCAUUCCAAACAAUAAUGUUGUCAUUCCUUCUAUGUACUUGUUAUCAAAAUUAUACAUAUUUUUAGGCUUCAAAUUUAAGCUCGGUUAUCAAAAUUAGAUGCUCUGAUGAGAAAUCUUGGUUUCAUUUCUAAUUUAGAUUGAGCUACACUUGUGCAUACCGAUUCAAUUUUGCAAUGACAGGCAUGAUUAGUUAAAUGAUGCAGUGCAGGACAAGGUUAUAUAUUUAGUUCUUCUGGAUCAAGUUCGACAUUUGUCAUUUUGUAAUACGAGUCAACAGAAAACAACAACAAAACCUGUAAAAAGUAAAACGCAGCAAACCCUCACUAACUUGGCACUCUGGACCCCUAAACAAUGACAUCUGUCCUAACCAAUUUUGGGUCCUUCCGGAGGAUUAUCAGCCUUGAUUGUUGGGGUUUUGUUUUACUUUUGUCUUAUUUUUCAUGCCUUCCUUAUUUACCAUCUUGUGGAGAAAUAGUUGCCUUUGUCGAACUAUGAUUUCUUUGUCUUAAGAUUAACUCAUUUUCUGCCAACGGAAUUGAACUUAAGGUUCUAUUACUGCACUGUCAAUGGAAAAUAGGGAGAGAGAUCAUAAAAUUUUACUUUGUAGUUCUUGAAGGUCAUAUUGGAAGAAACCAUUCCUAUUAUGAUGUAUUAUUUGAUACUUGCAAUUGUUAAUGGAUUCUCAGAAACCCAAAUGAUAAGGUUAAUUUUCAAGUGAGGAUUCCCACCCAUCUUGUGUAAAUUUUUCAGGCUACAGUUUGCAGGGAGCCUGUGGCUUGAUUCUGUCCAUCAUGAAAUCACUCCUCCUUAGAUACAGGCAGCCGUUUGAAAUUGCGACAGCCUCUAGUCGUCAUUUCUGUCUGGAUUGUUUUUCAUUUCCCUUCCAUUUCUGAUAGGUGAAGCUUUUGGGAGAAAAAUUGUCACAACUAAGAUUACUAUUUUGAGAACUAAAUCAGCUGGAUAGUUUUAUUCGUCAUCUAAAUUAAUAUGAUGUAUAAGUUUUUGAGGGAUCUUGGGAGUGCCUUGGCCAACAAACUACCUCUUUGUAUUAUCAGGUGCCUUAAUUCCUGUUUACAUUUGUAAUAUAAGUUCCUUCCGUCAUAGAUUCAAGUAAAUUAUGUUUCCCUGUUUCAUGCCGCAGCAUGUUUACAUUUGAAUAUGAAGAUAG